GUAUCCACACUGGACUGUAAUAACAUGUUUGAUGCUGGCAGAAAAACACUUCAGUACCUCUUCUGCCAAACAGAUCCUUUUGAAACUCUUGUAGGUGUAAAACAAUUGGAGGAUUCACAGCAAAGCCAUGGUUCAUCUGUCUGUCGGCUUGUUGGUGUUGUUUUCUUUCCACAGCUCUGCAGUCGACUCCCAAAAUGGCUCAUCCAUCCUCCCGCGGACUUUCUCUGGUCACUUUGUGAUGGUGACUGAUGAGCCUGUAGACUAUGUCGACCUGUCUGUAUUAGACGGUUUUAAGGAUGACGGGGGUUCUGGCUCAGCAGCAGAACAGGAGCCGGUGAAAAGACACAGCCAGCACGGCCAUCACGGCCAACACCACCAUCCUAAGAAGCGCUAUCAUGUCUCGAUGGAAGCCAAAGCUUUUCUCCAGGGCUGCCUGUCAACAAGUUUUGUCCCUACUGUUUACACCCUUGUUUUCAUCAUCAGUGUGCCCCUCAACCUUGCUGCCAUGCUGAUGUUUGUGCAUCGCAUCCGUCCGAGAAAACCAGCUGUGAUCUACAUGCUGAACCUGGCCUGUGCCGACCUGCUCUUCGGCCUGCUUCUUCCCUUCAAGAUUGCCUACCACUACCAUGGCAACAACUGGAUCUAUGGCUCCUUCAUGUGCAGGGUUGUCACAGCAGCUAUCUAUUGCAACAUGUAUUGCUCUGUCCUGCUCAUUAUGUGUAUCAGCAUUGACCGCUUCCUGGCUGUGGUUUACCCAAUGAACUCUCUGACGUGGCGCAGCCCUCAAACGGCCUCAAUUGUGUGUGCUGCCAUGUGGCUGUUGGCCCUGGGUGGAGUAUCUCCUCUCCUGAUCUCCGGACAGACCCUCCAUUUGUCAGACCUGGGCAUCACCACCUGCCACGACGUGCAGGAUGUGGAACACCUACAAGCUUACUAUCUUUACUUCUUCCCAGUCUACUCCUGCCUGUUUUUCUUCAUCCCUCUCUUCUUCACUGUCGUCUGUUACGUGCGAAUUAUUCAGGCUCUGGCUGCGGCCAAUGUGGAGAACCGCUCCAAGAAGACUCGAGCUGUAGUGAUGGCCGUGGUCGUGCUGGUGGUGUUUGUGGUCUGCUUCACCCCCACCAACAUCAUCCUCAUGGUUCACUAUGUUCAGCUGUCCCACAAGUCCAGUGACAGUUCCUACCAGGCAUACCUGCUCUCCAUGUGUGUAGGCAGCCUUAGCUGCUGUCUGGAUCCAAUCCUCUAUUACUUUGGCUCCUCUCAGUGCCAGAAGCAGGUGGCAGCGCUGCUCAGAUGCAGGCGACUGGCACAAGCAGAGAGCAGCUCAGAAACCCAAAGUACAAGAACCAGCGGGCGGACAGACAGCAGCAGGUCAUGCAAGAUGGAGAGUGUUCAAACUGGCCAGGGGAGCCAUUACAGCCGACUGCAGGCUUAACUACAUGGACAUGGAGACGUGGAGGAGGAGACUGUCUAUGAGCCACCCUUCAAACACACAGACGCACACAUCAUGAUACAUCAGAGUGUGUUUAAAUCCUUUCUAAGAAAAUGCUUGGGUUGCUCAAAAGAGUGUCUCCAUUGGCUGAUAGACCUGGACUUAUUUGCACUUAAAUUAGCGUAUUGGAUAAUUGUUUACAUUUACGAACAAUUAUGUGUUUUGUUACUUUGUAAUCAUGAAAUAUAUCCAGCAGGUAAAAAAGUGUGUGUUAUCUUGAAUUCAUUUCACAGCCAUCAAACAUUCAUUGGCUGUCUUCCUUUUCAGAUUUGUGUUCCAUAUUCAUAUUCAUACUUGCUUUCAGUGAAUCAAAAGACUACCACAGUUUAUACGAAUAAUAAAGUUUUAAUGUGAAAAACA